AUAGUCACACUGUGUCCCGACUUUACAGAACGUAUGAGCUCGGAGGAAUAAGAGGAGAACAAGAUGGCCAACUCAGCACUAGAGUUAGUGGGACUGAUAUUGACGCUGAUUGGGCUGAUUGGGGCAGCAGCAAGCACUGGGAUGCCAAUGUGGCGAGUCACAGCCUUCAUUGGGGAAAACAUCAUUGUGUUUGAGACUCGCUACGAGGGUCUGUGGAUGAAUUGCUUUCGGCAGGCCAACAUCAGAAUGCAGUGUAAGGUGUAUGAUUCUCUACUGGCCCUGACUCCGGACCUACAGGCGGCACGGGGGCUCAUGUGCUGCUCUCUUGCGCUGGCUGGCAUUGGUCUGCUGAUCAGUUUGGUGGGGCUGCAGUGCACGUCAUGUCUUGAAAACAAUGAUCGGGUUAAACGGCUGGUCCUCAUCAUUGCUGGAAGCUUGAUCAUGCUGUCUUGCUUCUGUGUCCUUAUCCCUGUGUCCUGGACAGGCCAUGUGAUCAUCAGGGACUUCUACAACCCCUUGCUGAUCGACGCCCAGCGCCGGGAGCUUGGAGAGGCUCUCUACAUCGGCUGGGUGGCCUCUGCUUUCUUGUUCUCUGGAGGAUGCAUUUUCAUUUGUUGCAAUCUGGAGUCUGAAGGCAAAGUUUCAGAGAGGUAUGUGUACUCAAGGAACUCUGACUACAUGGCCUAUCCUCCACAGCCUCUACAGCCUCAACAGCUGGUGGUACUUCCUCAAUCACAACCCCAGUUUCAGCCAGUGCUGUCAAGACAUCCAUCAACCAACUACAGCUACAACUCCAGAUACCCCUCUGUACGCAGCGGGGUGGCUUAUCUCUGAACACUGACUGAGGCAAUGAUGAUCACAGUUCUGGUCACUUUAUGCAAAAGGAUUUCUUUUUAAUAUGGGUUUGGUUUAGAGUGCACACUAUGACACAUUUCAAAUGUCAAAAGAUGCAUUUCAGGUAAAAAGAAAAACAAGAUGUUUCAAUGGAUACAUUUACUAUAAAUGCAAAUGGAUCAGAUUCAUAUAGAUGUCUGUUUUAAAGCACUCUUUUUAUACAUUAUUUGAGGAGUACUUUUAAUGCCUUGUUAAAAUGCACUACAAUUAAAGAAUCUUAAUAUCAACCUAUUUCAUAAUUAUAACUUAGUCUGUGUAAGGCAGUGCAUGAUUUCUAUCACUUUUAUGUGUGUUGUAUAAUCAGAUUUUGUACUGAGUCUUAUUUUUUGUAUAUUUAGGUACCAAUUUUGUAUGUCUAUGCUGUAUAUAACAAUUUAUGCAACCUUUGAGUUUAUUUGUUGUAAUUGACACAUGACUGAGCAAUGUAUUUAUAGAAACAGUUAAUACAGUCCAUUUUCCUUCAAUCACCAACAUUAGCUGUGUAGUUGUGUAUACAAUUUUACACUAAAUCUGUCUGGCACAAAUGACCUCUCACAGGCACCAAUCACCCUAUUACACACUGCUCUGUUUUACCAGUCUUUACUAGUUUUAACCAGUGUUAGACACAGUAUGCACAAAGGCAAAGCAGGUGAGGUACAAGUACUACCCUUAGGCAGUUAAUGCAAUAUCGGUUACUGAUUCUGUGUACUCAAAACAUCUCUUAAAUCACUCUUUGUUUAAGUUUGGUAUGAUGCCCUGAAGCUCUUUGAAACUGAUGGGACUGAACUAAUGGCUAAGUAAAUGUUAGAUACAGGUUUAUGACUGCUUGUAAAAGGUGUGGACCCAAUGGAAACUUAACCGGUCAGCUUAGUGUUUUUGAAGAAGCCAGACAGAGAUGGCCUGAUAGUAUCAUGUGACUUGCAAUUUGCAAGUCACUUUGAAUGGAGUUACAGUGAGCUUUAGACCAAAAAUUGUCUAGUUAAUUUCCAUGUUGAUCCCAGCCCCAUGUGUAUAAGCAAUAAGAGAACAUUUAAACAUCUAAACAUCAUCAUAAACAUCUCUGUUUAGUAAAGUAAAUUAGCUCUUGAACUAUAAGGUCACCUCAUUUCACUUUCAGCGUCUUUAAAAGCACACUGUAAUCAAAAUUACAACAACAGAAUGUCAACUCCUAAUGCACUGGAUGUAAUAACAGUAACAAAUACACACAUACAGCCACACCGUGCAAGGGUCUGUCAAAGUAAGUCCAGUAAUUCCAUAGUUGUUUCAUACUGAAAAUAUUUUGAUGUAAUGACAAUGUUGUCUUUCUCUCUUGUUGCUUAAGGUUUGAUCAGAAUGAAUUGUUUAUCCAUGUUUUGUCUUUUUAGUGUAAACUUGUGAUUUACAAAAAUAUAUUUCUAGAACUCAACAAUCAAUACUUGUUUUUGGACUGUGUGAUGUGAGCUCCCUCUCUGUUCCAUCACACUGAAAGUCAUCUCUGCUCCCCUGUGGACAACAGAAGUACUGCAGGAGCUUAUGCGCUACAUUGUAUCUUUGUUUGCUUCUGAAUCAUUAUGGAGAAUAAAAACAUGGCAGGUGAUGAAAAUGUU